GGGGCGGCGCCGCGCUCGGACCGGGCGGGAGCUGUGGGUUUUAGUGCCUGGCUUGGUGAGUUGCUGUGUUGUGUUGUCUGGAAGGAGCCAAGCAGAGUSUGCUCUCCCUUCUCACCCAGAAGAGCCCCRGCUCKGGGCACAGUGGUGGCAGCUGGAGUUUCUGAAGUACAUGUUACCAUGGCGAUGACUGCAGGGACUACAACAUCCUUUCCCAUGAGUAACCACACCCGGGAGAGAGUGACGGUGGCCAAACUCACRCUGGAGAACUUCUACAGCAACCUAAUUAUACAGCACGAGGAGAGGGAAACCAGGCAGAAGAAGCUGGAAGUGGCUAUGGAAGAGGAAGGCCUUGCAGAUGAGGAGAAAAAGCUGCGCAGAUCACAGCAUGCUCGGAAGGAAACAGAGUUCCUACGGCUCAAGAGGACCAGGCUUGGCUUGGAUGACUUUGAGUCUUUGAAAGUCAUAGGAAGAGGAGCAUUUGGGGAGGUACGCCUUGUUCAGAAGAAGGAUACAGGUCAUAUUUAUGCAAUGAAGAUACUGAGAAAAGCAGAUAUGCUGGAGAAAGAGCAGGUGGCCCAUAUCAGAGCAGAAAGAGAUAUUUUGGUUGAAGCGGAUGGAGCCUGGGUAGUGAAAAUGUUUUACAGCUUCCAGGAUAAAAGAAACCUUUACCUGAUCAUGGAGUUCUUACCUGGAGGCGACAUGAUGACGUUACUAAUGAAGAAGGACACUUUAUCAGAGGAGGAGACACAGUUUUACAUUUCUGAGACCGUGUUGGCCAUCGAUGCCAUUCACCAGCUGGGAUUUAUCCACAGAGACAUCAAGCCAGAUAACCUCCUGCUGGAUGCCAAGGGUCAUGUAAAGUUGUCUGAUUUUGGGCUCUGCACAGGUUUAAAGAAAGCCCACAGAACAGAGUUCUACAGGAACCUCACACACAACCCACCAAGUGACUUUUCAUUUCAGAAUAUGAACUCAAAGAGGAAAGCAGAAACAUGGAAGAAGAACAGGCGACAGCUGGCAUAUUCUACUGUAGGAACCCCAGACUAUAUUGCUCCAGAAGUGUUUAUGCAGACUGGGUACAACAAGCUGUGUGACUGGUGGUCCUUGGGAGUGAUCAUGUAUGAAAUGCUAAUAGGGUAUCCACCUUUCUGCUCAGAAACACCACAGGAGACUUACAGGAAAGUUAUGAACUGGAAAGAAACCUUGGUAUUUCCUCCAGAGGUGCCCAUUUCAGAGAAAGCAAAAGAUUUAAUUCUAAGGUUUUGUAUCGACUCAGAAAAUAGAAUUGGUAGCAAUGGAGUAGAGGAAAUAAAAAGUCAUCCAUUUUUUGAAGGAGUAGACUGGGGACAUAUCAGGGAAAGACCAGCUGCAAUCCCUAUAGAAAUCAAAAGUAUUGAUGAUACUUCCAACUUCGAUGAAUUUCCUGAAUCRGACAUUUUACAGCCAGUGCCAAACACAACAGAACCUGACUACAAAUCCAAAGACUGGGUUUUCCUCAAUUACACCUACAAGAGGUUUGAAGGGCUGACCCAGCGUGGCUCCAUCCCUUCCUACAUGAAAGCUGGGAAGUUGUGAAACAGAACACAACCCCCCAAAGGAAAUUGCAAACACAAACCUCAGGUAGCUGCAUCACCAGGCCCGCUUGGCAUUAGUUAUCAACACAUCGACUCUGGUGCGCAUCGAUUUCACUCGGAAAUUCUACAGGAUUAGGAUUUCUAAGACUACUACAGGAAUUACUUGGCAGUGCCAGCUGGCUUUUUUUUUUUCUUCUUUUCUUUCUUUUUUUAAAAUAUUUGAAUAUUUUUGUUAACUUUAUUAUACGAAGGUACUGGAAUAAAAGGAACGUGCAUCCCU